GUGAACGGCAGCCGCGGAGAGAGAGAGCGAGAGAGACGGAGAUACAAACAGAGAGAGAGAGAGAGAGAGAGAGGGAGAGAGAGUGCGCGCUGAGGAAAAAGCAAGAAAAACAAAGAGUCAGGAGAAGGAACAAGGAGAUAAAAAAGUCGAUACAAACAGAUUGAGAGAAGGCUCCGGACAAGCGACUGCUGCGCAUCAAAGGAGGGACCGUACUGGGGACCGUAUUGGAGACCAGCAGCAACAAAACCCGACUCCGGAGGCGGAAUAUAACGGUGACUCCAGAGCUCCUCUGCCCUCCUGAGGAUUCAGUGAGACAGGCGGAUCUGUGCGCCCGACCAUGGCCUUCCCAUCAGCCCCCUCCGCAUUAUGGAGUGUCAGUUUAUUGACAGUACUAUUUGUAGCUGCCGUUCACAGCAACAUUAUCUAUGACGACAACCCCUUGCAGCCAGUGACCUCAGAUGAAACGGUGUCCGUAGGGGGGACGGUGACACUGACCUGCCAUGUGCCUGAGACCGAUAACUCCUCACUGCAAUGGUCCAACACGGCACAGCAGACCCUGUACUUUGGAGAGAAGAGAGCACUGAGAGAUAACCGCAUCCAGCUGCACCGCUCGACAGCCACCGAGCUUUCCAUAACCAUCGGCGAGGUGCAGCUGUCCGACGAGGGCGAGUACACCUGCUCCAUCUUCACCAUGCCGGUCCUCACCGCCCGAGCUACAGUCACCGUGCUAGGUGUGCCCGGUAAACCUCAGAUCUUGGGCUUUGAGAGUGCAGUGCCAGAGGGGGGCAAAGUCACCCUGACCUGCACCAGUACAGGCAGCAAACCCCCCGCCACGCUGCGCUGGUACCGAGGGGAACAGGAGCUGGAAGGACGUCCAGACGUGGUGGAGUCCGUUCCAGACGAUCCCACAUACAACGUGAGCAGCGAGCUCACCCUGGAGGUGAGCCGCAGUGACGACAACGCCCUCAUCACCUGUGCGGUCGACCAUCCCUCUCUCGCCCCGGGGGACAAGAGGAGCGAGCACGCUCUGCGGGUGUUGUAUUCCCCUAAUGUGCAGAUCCUGCCUGAGAGCAAUCUGCCUAAAGAGGGAGAGAAGUUUCAUCUUCAGUGUUUGGGCAACGGCAACCCUGAGCCCACCUCCUACAUGUGGGAGAAGAAGGAUGGAGAGCUCCCCCCGCUGGCCAAAAUCGACGGUGCUUUCUUGCGCUUCGAUUUGCUCAACAAAUCAGAUAAUGGCGUCUACCUCUGCGACGCAGACAACGGCAUAGGAAACAGCCAGGGGGAGUACAAACUGCUGGUGCAAGACAACAGUGCAGACCCCACAGCCAUGUCGACUUCCUCGGGGGUGGACCACGCCGUGAUCGGAGGGGUGGUGGCUGUUAUCGUCUUCAUCCUGCUCAGCCUCCUCAUCGUCCUCGGCAGAUACCUCAUCAGACACAAAGGAACGUAUCUGACCCACGAGGCAAAGGGCUCGGACGACGCCCCCGACGCGGACACGGCCAUCAUCAACGCAGAAGGAGGCCACUCCGGAGCAGAGGACAAAAAAGAGUACUUCAUCUAGAUAGAGGACGGGAGCGGUGGAGGAGAAGAGGCGGGAGGAGGGGGAGGAGGGAAAUCUGGAGGACGUGGAUUAGAGGAGAGGGGAGGAGUAAAGGGGAAGAAACCUCCAUUUGUUUUCACGACGCUUCAGUUCUUCACUCGGUUGGAGGGAUGAUGGGAGGGAAAGAACUGUGGGCUUCGACUGGUACUACCCUCUUUGCAUUGAUACAGGGAAGUGAGAUUUUGCACUGACAUACGGACAAACUGAAGUCACACACUCAAACACACACACACACACACACACACACACACACACACACACACACACACAUACAUCAUACUGUCAGUUUUGGGGGAAACUCUUCUCACACGGACUUGAAUGCUCGUAGAUGCUCAGAUUAACAAACAGGAGCCUCCUGCUGUACUAACACGUCUGAAUUAUACCUUGAAUGACACAUCAACACAUCUUCACUCCUCUUCUUCUAACUUGUCAGCGCCUCCAAAAAGCAAAAAUUGUAACUCACAUUCCGGCAUCGUUCGCUGAUACUUCACUUCUCACACCUGUCUCCUCGACAUUUAAACCAAACUGUCUGUCCACAUUUCGUCCUCAUUCUUUCCCAUCUAACAAGCCUGUACCCGUCUGUAAACAUCCCUCUCUCACACGUUCAUCCUUUCAUUCCAUCAAACCUCUUCCUGCAUCCUAACAAACCCCAGGUACGAGCCGUGGAAUUUCCCACAACAUGCAACACUCAUGCAAAAAUAGCAUUCCCACCUUGCGCUACCAAGCCGAGGGGCUCCAGUAUACAUAUAUAAAUAUAUAUAUAUAGAAUUAUAUAGCAUUCUUUUUACUUGACAGAAAUGUUUGGUGUGCUGUAAAUACACUCUCUCUCUCUCUCUCUCCCCUCUCUCUCUCUCUCUCCUCUCUCUCUCUCUCUCUCUCUCUCUCUCUCCUCUCUCUCUCUCUCUCUCCUCUCUCUCUCUCUCUCUCUCUCUCUCUCCUCUCUCUCUCUACAUCUCCCUCUCUCCUGUAUCUCAUACAGUGUGUUGCUGCAUUACAGUAACUUAUAUACUCAAAAAAAAAACAAAGCCUGCCUGUUUUUAUGACAUGCGUGGAAAUGUCAAAACUAUCAGUAUCUGGGGAAAAAACAUAUACAAAUAACGACGAUGAUGUUGCGAUGGAAACUAACCUUAACUGCAAAUAUUUGUACGAGGAAUGUUUUCCUUCAUUCUUUCUUUUAUUCCUUUUUGUUUUUUUGGGACUUGUUGUGAGAUCUCCUCUCGUCAGUGUCUCAGCGUGUUACUGUCAGUGUUAACGGUUUACAGUGUCUGUCGGUGUGUCAGUCCAGGAGUCCAUACAUCUAAUUCUUUCCCACUUGUAUUGAUUUUGAGGUUCAAGGUUUUCGAUGCUAUUUCUUUACUUUUGUUUUCCGUGCACCAACAUCCAGUGUCGCCAUCUCCUCCCUGCUUUGUCAGCCGUCUGCUCCCGAACACUAAACUGUAGCAAAACAUCGCUCGAAUGCAGCUUCGAAAGGUGUCAAAGUGUUUGGUGGAGUUUUCCUGGGGGGUAUCACCGCCCCGGCGCAUGAGGCCCGCUGUGGUCUUCCUUCCACUUGGCCCCCGCUGAACGUACAGCUGGACUCCGCCAUCUCUCCCUCUCUCCCUCUCUCCCAGCAGCAGACCGCUUGCCUUGGCAGUCCACCUUGGCGCUAAAUUCAUCGAGUCGUGACAUCGUGACUUCCUCUAAGAAGCUGGCGCAGUCGCUUGCUUUGGGGAGGUGAAAAUGCUUGCUUGCUUUCCACCACGGGGCCAAACAGGACUGCCUACAUGCAUUGUGACAAACUUCCUGGCAAAAGAAAAAGCCCUUUCUGUUAUUGUUUCUUUCUCUCUGUGUGUUAUUGCAAGCAGGAAUCAUUCGCCAGCUUAGCAAAAGGUUCCCAUAAAUGAACAGUGUUUUAUUAAGGUUGGGAGUUCGCCUUAGCGCUGGCAAGCUCCACUUGGCCCGGUCGUGGAAAUUGAUUGCAAUCUAACUAAGAGGCUCUGGGCUUCAGACUGUGCACAUGCCAAGGUUUUUGCUUGGCGGGCAGGCUGCCCGAGCCGGAGUCUGAAGAACACUGAAGAAAGUCAUUUAGGAACGUAAAUGUCCUCUUCUCUUUCUCUUCCCCAUCCGCUCCACUCGUCCAUUUCUUUUCAUUCUUUAAUCAAUCAUCUCGUCUGCGUCCUGAUCCACCUUCACCUUCUCGUCUCUCCUCUCCUCAUCACUCCUUCCCCCCUCGUCUCCCCCCCCCCCCACCCUCCAUCUCUGAUCGAUGUCCGAUUCUCCUUGCUGGUCUCUCUCUCAUUUGGGAGUCCAUAGACGUACAGUAGAAGUAGCGUCUCUCGGUUUGCUGACGGUGCGCUGAUGGCUCUCUGCGGCACUUUUUGGGGGUGUUUUGGAGAGGAACCCAUUUGCUGUUGUCAGUCUAUCCGUAGACAGUUCUGUCCUAUGAUAGUUUUUUGUACACCCUUUUUGGGAACGUUCAGGGAUUGUGCUUUUCGUACCUUUCCCCGCAUUGUCGUUAACCGCAACCUAGCUAGCUGCUUCGAGUGGCCUGGCUAGUGUGUCUAUAAACUAGCUAUAUCACAAAGGGUAACGUGAGCUAAAGCAGGGUCAGCUGUUGUAUUUCUUUCUCCCUCAAGCUCUCGGUUGGAAAUAGGGGUGCCGCUGAAGUAAACGUGGCUUAAACAGUGUUGCAUUGGAGGCUGUUUGGAGGUGCAACAGAAACAUUUCAAAGGAUUCUGCACACUGUUUGUCCCGUGUUUGCUCUGCAGCACUCUUCAACUUUUCACAGCAUCCGUGUCUGCAGACCAGAGGAUGGGCUUUGUCUCACAGAGCGCGUUGUCCACUUUGAAGAGUAACCUUUGAUUUGUAUUUAACCCCAGUCUAAUUCUGCUCUGUGAAUGGAGAAAGGAAUACCUGCCUCAUACUCGACAAAGUGUAGUGUCUUUUAAAAACUAAUGGACCUGUAUUUGCCUGUAAUUUAUCGUCCUGUCCGUCUUAGUUAAUGUGCUAGCAUGUAGCUUGCAUGAGAAAAGGUUGGAAAAUGUAGAUAGUGUCGGAGUUAAGAAGUGUGACAAGCGUGUCUCCUGAGACAAGAGCGAGCGAGUCGGCCCGACUGACCUCCCCGCUGUUCUCUGAUCUGCAAACACACGCCGUGUCCCAGUUAAACCCGCCUGUGCCUCCGUAACGCAGCAGUUCACGGGAUAAUAUUGAGAAAACUGAUGAAGUAGGACUUCCUCUUCCUCACCACUGCUGCGUCACACCCAUGUAGGGGUACAAUGGCGUUGAAUUGGGACGUGCAGUCAGUAUAAUUCACAUUUCAUGGCAUCAGUGCAGUAAUGACUAGCUGUCACCAGGUGCCGGCAAACAGCAGCUUCUCUUCGACCGAGCUGUCCUGCCCCCCCCCCCCCCCCCCCCCCACCACCACCCCACUUGACUCUCACCAACUCCUCUCCAGGCAGUCGCACACUAGCUGCCAGUCAUCUCUUUAUUUUUGUAGUUUUUCAAAUUGAUUUUUAAAUUAUGUUUUCUAAAAGGUGUGCAUAAUCUUAAGUUCAUUACUUUCAGUUGAAUUGAUAAUCGUUUUUUUAACGUAGAUUGUUUCCCAGUCUUGGAGGUUAGUUUCUUUUUUCCCCGCAUAUUAUUGUUUCAACAACCAUUUUUUUUGUUCUUCUUCUAUAAGCUCAUGUAUAUAGUGUUGCCUUUACUGGAUACUCUUAAACACAUGCACACUUUGCACACACACUUUGGGUACAUACACAUCCACACACAUAUGCACGGCAGGCAUGAUGUCUGUGACUAUGGUGUAUUUGUACAUAUGUGUGUGUAUGUGCGUUUGUGUAUGAGUGUGAGGUGUGUAUUAAUUGACCCAAACAGACUCCGGAGACACUCUUACGUGCGUUGCAUUCACACAAAUGUUUAUUAUUUCGAUGACUAAAACAGUGUCUUUGUUUUUAGACCUAUUAUUUUGGAUGACAAGUCUUCCUUUUGAAUAAUGUCCAUAUCACAUGAGAAUAGUGCUGUCAUGUAUGUUAAUUUGUACUAUGGCUGAUGAUGUCAUCAAGGCGAGACCCAACCGCAUGCUGUGGUGGGUUUGCGUCUGUUGGAUGUUCAUACAGUACUUGUUUUAUUUCUUUUUUUUGUUAAAAUACCAGUUCAGUUGUUGACUUCAAUAAACAUGCAUUUGGGUUAAUUUCA